AUGAGGGACGCGCCUGGAGCUGGAUCCCUGCGGAGCCUCGUCCAGCUCGCCUGGCUGUGCCUCUUCUCCUCCGUGCCGCCCGGCGGGGCCAAGGUGCUGGAGAAGACCUUCGAGGAGUGGCUGCGGUACCGUGACGAGUGCCUGAGGAGGAUGGCGAGCGAGCCCUACCCGGCAGGGCUGUUCUGUAACAGGACAUUUGACAUGUACGCCUGCUGGCCCGACGGGAGCCCCGGCACCGCCGUCAACGUCUCCUGCCCCUUCUACCUGCCCUGGUUUGAGAAAGUGAAACACGGGCUGGUGAGCCGCAGGUGUGGCACCGACGGCCAGUGGGUGACAGUGAACGGCAGCCAGCCCUGGAGGGACUACUCGCAGUGCGAGGAUGAGCUGGAGGUCACUGCUGAGGAGGAAGGCGCCCGCCGGCUCAUGGUGAGCUUCAAGGUGCUCUACACCGUGGGCUACUCUCUGUCGCUGCUCACGCUCAUCUCCGCCCUGCUCGUCCUCACCGCCUGCAGGAACCUGCGCUGCACCAGGAAUUACAUCCACGCCAACCUGUUCGCCUCCUUCGGGCUGCGCGCCACCUCGGUGAUGGUGAAGGACGCCCUGCUGGAGCGGCGCUGGGGCGUGGAGCUGGUGCAGGUGGCGGACUGGGAGGCUCUGCUGAGCCACGAGGCGACGCUGGGGUGCCGCGCGGCGCAGGUGCUGAUGCAGUACUGCAUCCUGGCCAACCACUACUGGUUCCUGGUGGAAGCUGUCUACCUCUACAAGCUGCUCAUCGGGGCCGUGUUCUCCGAGAAGAAUUACUACAGGCUCUACCUCUACCUGGGCUGGGGGACCCCCGUGGUGUUCGUGGUGCCCUGGAUGGCCGCCAAGUACCUGAAGGAGAACGCAGAGUGCUGGGCCCUGAAUGAGAACAUGGCUUACUGGUGGAUCAUCCGCAUCCCCAUCCUGCUCGCCUCCCUGAUCAACCUGCUCAUCUUCAUGCGGAUCCUCAAGGUGAUCCUGGCCAAGCUCCGGGCCAACCAGAAGGGCUACGCCGACUACAAGCUGAGGCUGGCCAAAGCCACCCUGACCCUCAUCCCCCUCUUCGGGAUCCACGAGGUCGUUUUCAUCUUCGCCACGGACGAGCAAACCACGGGCAUCCUGCGCUACGUCAAGGUGUUCUUCACCCUCUUCCUCAACUCCUUCCAGGGCUUCCUGGUGGCUGUGCUGUACUGCUUUGCCAACAAGGAGGUGAAGUCUGAGAUGAAGAAGAAGUGGCAGCUCUGGAAACUCGACCACCCGGUGCUCUGCUGUGCCCAGUGA